AUGAGGCUGCACACGAACGCAUCAACCACCUUGUUCCCGGGACUGCCAACGAGUCUUCUCCUCCACCACCACCACCAUCACCACCACCUCCCCCUCAACCCCAACAGUUAUUGCCGGCAUCUCGGAAAUCACCACCGUCGCGUCUUUACCUCUUCCUUCUCUUCCACCUACGUUCCAAACAUGCCUGCAGGCAGCCCCAAACGCAGGCGCUCCGCGGACGGCUCUUCCGCGCCUCCUGCUAAACGGAAGGUCCAAUCCACUACUACUCGUAAAGUACCCCACUACGUAUCGUACAUCUCGACACUUUUGGCAUGUUGCCGAAAAUAGUUCGGUUAUUUCGUUUUAUUAAAAAAAGUGGGAUUGGGAAUUAGUCUAAUAUUCUUCUGCCGCCUUUUUUUUUUUUUUUUUACAGAAGCGACUGUGGUGAACUUCUUCAAACCUGCCUCCAAAAAGGAGCCUGAACAUACCACUUGGAAGGUUGUCGAUGACACAUUACUCAUUGGGACAUAUCUCAAUCGGGCCUCGCCGAAUAAGACCAGGCCGACUGCGCCUGAUGAAAAAAGACGGGUUGCUGGGUUUGAUCUGGUAAGGGAAAAUAUCUUUUUUUCUUUUCUUUUUCUUUCCUUUUUUCUUUCUUGCGUUUCUUCAACAUUCCUGGAGUGGGGCACUGAGUGUACGGUACUGUGGGGUUACUAACGGCCGGUACCACUGUGUGCGGGAUCGACUUUUUUUUUUUUAGGAUUCUACACUGAUCACGACAGAAUCAGGGAAUGUUUUUGCUAAGACCGCCACGGACUGGAAGUGGUGGAAUUCAUGCGUUCCAGAUACUUUGAGGAAACUUCAUGAUGAUGGGUACGACUACUGCGUCCCCUCCCAACGCUGGUCGAACUGUCACUGGGUGGCGGUGGCUACUGACCUUCGCGCUUGUGUGCAGAUAUGUUAUCGUUAUAUUCACAAACCAGGCUUCUCUUAAGCAGCCAAAAAAAGAGAGCGCUAAUCUCGCAAAGUUUAAACUCAAAGUUGCUGCUAUACUAGACUCACUCGAUGUUCCGCUCACGGUCUAUGCUGCGACCGCGAAUGACAGGUAUCGCAAGCCUAGAGUGGGCAUGUGGGAAGAGAUGGUUGAUGAUUACGACUUGGACGCACACGGUGUGGACCUAGAUGCGUCUUACCUGGUCGGAGAUGCCGCGGGGAGAGAUGGUGAUCACUCCGAUAGUGACAGGUUUGUCUGAGCGCCAACCCUCCCCCCAAGCUUAAUUAUUCUCUUGGGGUGUCGAUUUCUUAAUUUUUUCUUUCUUUUCCCUACUUCCCGAAUUGUUUAUCAUUCAUCCAAGUGAUUUGCCGUGUGUCACGUUUUUAGAUUGCCAGGUGGAUGCGGGCAGCAACUAGACCCAACGGGAACUGACCGAUUAAAAUCUUUUACAGGCACUGGGCUGCCAAUAUCGGCAUAGGGUUUCGUACACCCGAGGAGUUCUUCUUGGGCGAGAUGCCAAAGCCUAUGGCUCACCGGUUUGACCCUUCAAAGUAUAUCAAGAGUGAAACUCAAGCCCUAGGUAGGUUUCUAAAUAUGGAAUUGGCUGCACUUCCUCAAGUGGAAUUGUAUUAGUUAACGGGGGCUAUCGCAAAGCAUUCACCAAAUCCAGCAAACAAGAGAUAGUCUUGUUUGUGGGGUCUCCUGGCGCAGGAAAGUCUACUUUUUACAGGCGGAACCUCGAGUCCUUGGGCUUUGAACGAGUUAACCAGGAUGUUCUAAAGUCGAAGGAUAAGUGCCUUAAGGUUGCUGAUUCUCUGCUAGAGGAUGGCAAGAGUGUUACAGUCGGUGAGUUCCUGGUCUGUUUUUAUGUUCUUGCUUACCUUUUUCUUUUCCUGUCGCAUCUACCUUUUUUCUUUUUUUACCCCCCCGCACGCAUGGGCGUGUGUUGAUAUGUAUAUUGGAUGUAUGAGUAUUUGAUACGCCUGCUAUCGAUAUCUCAUGUUUUGCUACCAUCGUAUACAUGUGAUAUUUUGCGAAUAUUGGGACCAGAUAAAACUCAGGUUUGGGAUCUAUAUGACUGACGGCAUCCCGACCUGCAGAUAAUACAAAUCCCGACGCUACUACGCGAGCAGCAUGGGUAUCGCUAGCAAAGAAGCACAAAGUUCCGAUCCGAUGUGUCCACUUUAUCGCGCGAACGGACCUCUGUCAACACAAUGACGCUGUGCGCGCCUUUGGAGGAGAAUUGGUACUUUAUUUCCCCAUCUCUUGUCCUCUCUCCUUCGAGCUGCCGCUGUUGUCAACCCGGGGUUAAUGAUACCCCCUGCUCCGGGUUCCUUUCAUUCCUUCUUUCUUCGGCACAGGAGGAUCUUCGCUGAUACAGGUGAAACGGGAUGGAUGUCGUGAUUCGGUCAUCUAUAGGUCAAUCCCGAGAAACGCACAAUUCUCCCAAAGAUAGCAUUCACGAGCUUCGCCUCGAGGUUCGCAGAGCCCCAAAUUGAUGAGGGAUUUCAAGACAUGACAAAAGUCGAGUUCCAGGUUCGUGGGUCCUGAUAAUUUUACCCCUUUUCUAUUUGUAAUCGAUCACCCUUCCUCAUCGAGCCUGGGGAGUCUCCCACUCGCAUGUUCUCGUUGUGGAGCCGAAGCUGUGUAAGACUUGGAAUGGAAAACCGACGGAUUUAGGAACAGGCUGGCUGGGUUACAUUUGCGCAACUUUGUUGCCGAGGGCUGACGAUAAUUGCAGUGGGAGGGUGGAGAUUCGGAAUUGCAGAUCUGGAGAAAGUACUGGACUUGAGGAGGACUGAGAGCACCAAGGUGGAACCACUGUCCGUUUCCCCGCUUACUUGCCUGUCUGCCCGACGUCUAGCGGCCGGGGCGUCCUAUUGUAGUUUACCAUUUCUUCCCUCUUUCUUUUGCGUAUAAAUAAGGUGUCGUUGUGGAGAAGAGUUGCUUUAUCAUCACGCUACAGUAGUUUGGGAAUGUUUUUGAUGUGCCUUUUUUUCUAUUUUUUUUUUCUCCCUCCUUUUGAUGAGAUAGCGGUACUGGACCUAGGAAAUUUCCUUGCUUGUUGCAGUAGACACAUUAGCUUGGCUGCAUUCCACCUACAGUAGUUCAAUAACCAAAUUUUUCUGAUUCCUGCUAGUAAUUCGCUCAGGCAUGGGGGCGUGAAGUUUGUAGGACAGAGAUUCCGGGGGGGGGAAACAGCAUUCAUGCGGCCCGGACCAACGCCCGGGUAGUAUUCUCGGUGAUACAAUACUGUACUCGAGUACCGGUGCUCGCACUGCGCUCGUACAGCACAUCCAUCUACCGGCACAGCACCGUACCGCCGCACCAGUUUACCCGAGCACUCGUGGAGCAGAGUUCAAUCGAGCAAUGAUGCACUGCACUCUACCGCGAUGGCACGUUGCAGCCAUGGCAGAGGCAGAUUGAGGCCCGAUGAAUGGAUGGAUGGAUGGAUACCGGUAGAUGGGGUAGUCCAUUAUAUGCAGAUGGACAGAUGAAUUAGAUGGAUAGACAUUAUAGAUAGCCCAUCGAACACGACAACAAGAACCGAAAGUAAAGGAAAG